GAAAGUCGACGCUGUCUCAAGUGUGAUAAAGAGACAUGAGCUGAUAUUCCAUGAGCCGCCGUAUGAAUAUAAUUUGGAUAAAGCUGAUCAAGUUACGGAGCACUACAUAACACAGCGUCUCGAUAAUUUCGAUCACCAAAAUCUAAACACUUUUCAAAUGCGAUAUUUGAAAAAUGAGGUUCAUUUCAAAAACGGUGGACCAGUUUUCAUAAUGAUCGGAGGAGAAUGGAAAAUAAGUGAAGGUCAUAUUUUGCCUGGUCGACUCAUUUAUGAUAUGGCAAAAGAAAAUAACGGACUUCUGAUUUAUACCGAGCAUCGAUUUUACGGAAAAAGCUGGCCCACAAAUACAACUUCCACUGAAAAUCUUAAAUAUUUAAGUGUUGAUCAGUCUUUGGCUGACUUGGCGCAUUUCGUCAGAGAAAUCACUUCAGACAAAGAAUUAAACGCCACCGGUGGUGUAAUUAUGGUAGGUGGUUCAUAUUCCGCGACGAUGGCCGCUUGGUUUCGGCAGAAAUAUCCACAUUUGGUGAAUGGAGCAUGGGCUUCAAGUGCUCCGUUUCAAGCAAAAGUCAAUUAUUUUGAGUACACUGAAACUGUUGGAAAAUCCAUUAGUGAAAUCGGUGGAGAUGAAUGCUAUCAGACCAUCGAAACCACCUUUAAAUCCUUAGAAAAACUCCUUGACAGCCAUGAUAUCGAUACUUUAAAAGCAUUGUUUAAAAUUUGUGAUGGAUUUGAUAUAACUAAUAAGAGAGAUAUUUGGAAUUUUGUUUCAUACAUAAAGGAUAUUUUCUCAGGUCUCGUCCAAGGUUACAGGAAUGGCCAAAUUGAAAAAUACUGCGAAUUUUUGUCUAACAAAACAUUCAAUUCAGCAAAUGGUGUUCAGAGUCAUGAACUUUAUCCCUUGUCUCGAAUAUUCCUUCAGGGAUUCUUGACAUCAGGUGAGAAGUGUGUUUCAAUCACCUACGAACACGAGAUCGAAGAAAUGAAAAAUUCGACUGUCGCUUCUGCUACUCGUCCAUGGUUUUACCAAACUUGUGCAGAAUAUGGAUGGUAUCAGACAACCAACUCUAACGACCAGCCAUUCGGAUCAAAUUCACCCGUCGAAUAUUGUUUAUCACUUUGUCGGGAUGUUUUUGGUGAUGCAUUUGGAGCUUCAUCAGUUGAGAAUAAUGUUAAUCACACUAAUGUUAUGUAUGGUGGACUCGAUCCGGCCGUAACAAAUGUAUACUUUACGCACGGGUCGCUAGAUCCUUGGCAUCGAAUGGGCAUUUUGGAAGACUUAAACGAACAUUCGCCAGGCAUCGUCAUCACAGGCAUUUCUCAUUGUCAAGAUAUGGCUUCAAUAAAGACUGGAAGAGACUCAGAACAACUCAUCGCUUCCAAAGUGAAACUUCAAAACCUCGUGAAAAAAUGGUUGAAAAAUUAAAUUUUUGCAAAAUCAUAUCAUCAUUGGCAAUGCCUAUUGGGCAUUGAUGUAUAACAUACAAAGAAUAAAUAAAACACGAAUAAACUUAAUGCAUUGAAUUUCACAAAGAUAGAUCGCAUAGAUCCAUUGGAGAAAGCCACGUAAUCAUUUGUCCUCAGUCGAUUAACGCACCCAACCGAUAUAAUGGCUCGAUGAACUUCUUGAUUUCCAUUUUCUAUAGGGAAAGACACAAAUUUAAGUUCUUUUUUUAUUUUCUUUCAUGUUUGGUGCGUGUCAAAAUGGAAAUCGCCAACGAUCCCACGAUUC